GCUGGCUUCAUCGUUUUUGUAUCAUCCUUUGUUUUAAUGAGUUUUCCUACAACUCAAUACGGAGGGAAACCGAUGUGGACCAUAUGGAUCAUUUUAUAUUACUUUCUAGCUUCCGGAAUAUGGCCGAUUUUACCCGUUAUGACAGCUCAAAUCUUCGGAAGAAACCAUAGCAGUACUAUCUACGGAAUGGCCAUUGGAAUACCGAUGACGCUAAACAUUCUGGGUACUUUGGUCAUUGCUAAACUUCAUGAUCAUUUUGGAUGGUACGGAGCAUGUGGUUUUAUAGGCGGCUUGGGGUUUUUAAGCUUUCUUCUAAUACUGCUUUUUCCUGGAGAUCCAUUAGCACAAAGGAGAAUGUAUGUGGAGGAAAAGAAUAAGAGAUCGGAGCAGAAGGUUCCGGAAUAAUCGUUAUCAGACUGGUGGAAUAUACAGCCAUAAGUUUCGUGUGUUUCUUACGAGUUAGUAAAGUAGUAGAUGUUAUAUUAGAAAAAAUGAAUAUUUUUUAUCAAAAUUUUUGGAAUUAAAUAAUUAAAUUUAAAAUCCAUUUGUCAUUAAAGCAUUGCCAAUAGAUUGUUUGUAUGAAAAAUAUGACUGAUAAACUGUCGAGUAUGCGUGACGAUUAGGCAUGGAUGAAAAAAAUAAUAUUCUUUAAAAUGUACUUUGUCUAAAUUCAAUUGAAAUGUUCAUAAUAUAACUCAACAAUUAGAUUCUGAUUUCAUCUCUUGCCAACACCAAGAUGUCCACGAAGGUCAAACUCACCUUUGGCUACUCAAUAACUCUAUGAACCAUUAUCACCAUAACACUACAGUAAUUACGUUAUUACAGUUUAAAAAGUUAAUUUUAAUUUGUACAUACUCGAAGGUAUAAAACAUUAGACGUUAUCAUGUCAACAUGGUUAAUUGUAAACUUUUUCUGUAUUCCAAAGUAUUAUAUGAAACCAUAAAUAAAGUUAUCGAACAAUACGUGUAUUUAUAAAAAAAGAGGGAAUCUUCAAUAGCCGUGGCUGUAAUCAGAUCUUAGAUCGAUCAAAAGAUAGCGCAAUGAGAUGAAAGUUUGUACUUGAAAAAACAAAACAAAAAAAAACAGAGCCAUUCUAUGAGCCGUUGUGCCGCAGCUAAAAAAAGUCUGUACUUUAGAAAGAAGCAACUUCUGUUUGUAAAUAAUGUUAGCAUCAGAUUUGCCUCAGUCAGUCAACAACAGUGUUUAAUCUUGGCAUCAGAUGACACAUCAUCGAAAAUGGAGGAAGGAAUUCAAGGACAGCAAUCUGAAGCACCGUUUCAAUUAACUCUUGUGCUUUAGUAUAUACAUAUAUAUACGAACAUUCUCGAAAUUUACUCAAUUACUCAAUAUUGGGAAAUUUAUACUAAUAUCACACAAAAAGAACACGCUCUACACGUUACGGUAGACAACAUGAUCUACUAUCAUCAGGAAACAUAAACGAAUCUCGUUCUUCAUCUUCUGAAGAUCAUGGAUCAUGUUGUCUACAGAAACACGUAGAGCGUGUCUUGUUUUAAAUAGAGUUAUUGUGAAAUUGGAAACGUUGGUGUUGUGAUGGUUAUUGAAAGUAUG